UAGAGAUUGUCAAAGCAAGUAUUUGAUCAAUCAAUGCUUUCCCCGCGUUGCGCUGUGAGUAUAAAAUCAAGCUUUUGGGUCCCAACACUAGAGCUCUGAUGGUGUUUCCUUAGCUAUCUUGGCUAUCUCUUGGCUGUCUUGGCUUCCCAGACUUGCUGAAGUCAGCUUCUCCAACAUGCGUUUCUCGACGUUCGUCAUAGCGUUUACUUCCUCUGCCGUAACAGCUUUGGCAGCUCCAUCAGCGAAUAAGCACGUGCUGCACGAAAAGCGGGAUGGCGAGCCGCAUUUCUGGGAAAAGCGCGAUCGCGCCGCCCCAAACCAAGUGCUACCAAUCCGCAUUGGCCUUCGUCAGCGCAAUCUAGAAAACGCAGAGAAGUACAUUCAUGACGUUUCUGACCCCAACUCACCAAACUUUGGCAAGCAUUGGACCGCCAAGGAGGUGGCCAACAAGUUCUCUCCAUCCUCUGAAUCGAAAUUCGCCGUAGUGAAAUGGCUUGUCGAUUCAGGAAUUGAACGCCCGCGGAUCUCACUAUCUAAAGGCCACAACUGGGUACAAUUUGAUGGUACCGUCGAAGAGGCGGAGAAUCUUUUCUCAACAGAGUACUGGCACUACCGGCACAUUAAAAAUGGAGGGCUUCGACUCGCCGUCGACACGUAUAGUUUACCAGAGCAUGUCCAGAAGCACAUCGACUUCGUGAUGCCCACAGUGCAAUUAGAUGGCCUCAAGCCCGUCGCAAACACUAACCACGGACGUGACGCAAUGGCUAUCAUUCCAGGAGGCGCGUCUUUGGGCUCUCUGCCCUGCGGAAAGCUAAUCACCAUUGAAUGUCUGCGCAAGCUGUACAAGUUUCCCGUAGGUAAAACGGCUGCGGAGAGUAACAAGAUUGGCAUAGCGGAAUGGGCAGACUAUCUCUACGAGCCCGAUUUGCCGCUGUACUUCAAGAAUUUCACGACGCCUGAGAUCUCCGCAGACACUCGACCAGAAUUCGUCGCCAUUGAUGGUGGCUUGACGGCAAACCUAACUACGAUCUCCCAAGGAUCGGGUGUCGAGGCAGCUUUAGACGUACAAGCGGCAUAUGCUAUUGUGCAUCCGCAACAGGUCCGCUAUUACCAAGUCGGCGACGGCAUCAACGUCGACAGCGUUGGAACUUUCAACAUCUUCCUCGAUGCUCUUGACGAGAGUUACUGCACGUACGAGGGCGGCGAUCAGCCAUAUGUGGAUCCGGCCUACCCCGACCCGAAUGCAAAUGAGGCGGGCUACCAGGGCCCCCUACAGUGCGGUGGAGCGCCCAAGUCCAACGUCAUAUCUGUGAGCUAUGGUCAAAUUGAAGGAGCUCUACCAUAUUUCUAUCAGGUUCGCCAGUGCCAUGAAUGGAUGAAGCUAGCGCUCCAAGGCGUGAGCGUGAUCUACGCGAGCGGUGACUCUGGUGUGGCCAACCGGUACAACGCGGGCUAUCCCAACUCAUGCCUCAACGCGGAGAAGCAGUUUGUCGACAACAAUGGAACUAGAUACUCGCCUUCUUUCCCCGGUAACUGCCCCUACAUUACCACUGUGGGCGCCACCACGCUCCUCGGCAACGACACCGACAGCGGAGAACGCGCAGUCUCAGUCCCUGGCUCGGGACCAGCUAACGCGUAUUAUUCCGGCGGUGGUUUUUCGAAUUACUUCCCCGUACCCUCGUACCAGGCUUCUGCCGUGCGCCACUUCAUGAAAAACUACGCCCCCAACUAUGGGCCCAAUGUGUACAACGACACCGGCAAAGCGCGCGGCUUUCCCGACGUGGCGGCAAUCGGGUUAAACGUCGCUACGGUCUGGAAUGGUUCCACGUACGGUGUCGGCGGAACCAGCGCCAGCGCCCCGAUCUUCGCCGGCAUCGUGACGUUGUUGAACGAGGCGCGCAUCGCGAUUGGCAAGGGCCCUAUUGGUUUCCUGAACCCAACCCUCUACAAGCAUCCCGAAGCUUUCAAUGAUAUCACCAUUGGUAACAAUCCUGGCUGUGGUACGGGUGGGUUCAACGCAACCCCGGGUUGGGACCCAGUAACAGGUCUGGGUACGCCUAACUACGAGAAACUGUUACCCAUCUUCUUACAACUUCCUUGAAAGAGCGCGAGAUAGAAUGAAGUUCAUAUUUAUAUGUGAAUCUACUGAGAGUGGUUAUAUAGAGCUAUAUAUGUAUAUAUAUCCUGUGGUUGAUACUACACUAUAAAGUACAUGAUAUCAUGUAGAAUAGGGUACUUUAUUCCUCUUCAA